AUGACUUUGCAACAUGGUUUGCAGCAGCACACCGUUUUAGUUACACAACAUUUUGGACCACAGCAGCAUGAACAACAGCAAGGAUCACAGCAAGAGCAACAGCAAGGAUCACAACAGCAUGGGUCACAGCAUGAACUACAGCAUGAGCCGCAGCCACAUCCACAGCCACAACCACAUCCACAACCGCAACCACAACCACAGCCUGGCAUAUUAAUAGUAAUAAUGGAAUGUAAAAUACAACUAGAGUACGAUGAGAACUGA